AGGGUGAGGGUUGUAGUGAGUUAGAGUUGGAUGGCGUUGAGGCUGACUCUGACACCACCUUUCGAAGCCGAAAAGGAGUUGGAAGCAUCACUGAGGAAAGCCUUCGAGUCUCUGAAACCCUCUCUCAGACCACCUUUCUCCCUAACCAUUCCAACCCCUCACCAAUACGCCCUCUUCAACGCCGCAAUCCUCCACGCCCUCUUAACGGAACCCCACAUCGCCAAAACCCACAUCAAACACUUGCACGCCACCGUCACCGACGGCUACGCCACCUUCUGCACCCUCCUCCACGACGUCGUCCACCACCUCUACCCCACACUCCUCGCCCCCGUCAAAACGCACCUUCUCUACCUCACCCACGAAAUCGUUCGCGUUCUGGGUAUCGGCUACGACGCCGUUUUGGUCUCCCUCUUGCGCCAAAUCGCCGCCGCCGAUUUCGGCGACGGCAACCUGUGGCUCUGCUCCAAGUUGGUCGCCCUCUUUCUGGACCAAUUUGAUUGCUUGUUGGAAGAAUCGCCGCAAGUUUUGUCUUUUGCGGUUUACACGUUUCUUAGGGUUUUGUCUGAUCACUCUAGGGUUGAAAAGUUGGAGACUUUGAAGCGGUUAGAGAUUCAUUUUUGUGUGAAGGUAAUCAGGGAAGCGUUUCAUGUGUGUUUAAAAAUUGGGAGGGAUUUUAUCCGGUUGUUACAGGAUUUGCUUCAUGUUCCUGAAAUUAGGGCUGUAUUGAACGACAUUGUGUUUAAUCCGUGUGUGUUUAAUUCUGGGGGGUUUAAGUUUAAGGAUGUUUCUCAGAUUUUCUGCACCAGGACUUCUAGUAGAUACUCUUUGCUUAGGAUUAGUCCUGAGAUGGAGACCCAAUUGAGGUUUUUGCUUACCAAUGUUAAGUUGGGGCAUCAGAGGAGGCACCAGAUAUGGUUUGCUAGGAAGUUUUUGAGUGAGCCUGAUAGAGAGUUUGUUAUUGUUGAUAUUGUUAGGUUUAUAUGCUGUGCGCACCACCCUACAAAUGAGAUUAUUCAGUCUGAUAUUGUUCCUAGGUGGGCUCUCAUUGGUUGGCUUUUGACUUGCUGUAGGAGGAGCCAUGUUGUGGCGAAUGUGAAACUUGCGUUGUUUUAUGACUGGCUCUUUUUUGAUGAAAGUGUGGACAAUAUCAUGAACAUUGAGCCUGCGGUUCUGCUCAUGGUGCAUUCUAUUCCCCAGUACAUUGAGAUUACUCGUGGUCUUCUUGAGUUCUUGUUGCAUCUUGUGGAUAAUUAUGAUGUGGAACGUAAGGGGAUGAUAGUUAAGGGUGUGGCCUCAGCUUUUCAGUUGCUUGUUCGCAAAGGUGUGAUAAGGUCGCUUGAUGUUUUGACUUCUUGUCCUGCACUUUCUCCUGGUUUACGAGAGGGUCUGGUAAGGUUAUCAUCAGGUGCAAAGGUUGGAAGCUCUUAAGUAUAGUUGUUACUUGCUACCCACAAUUUUGCCUCAAUCUAAACCAAUGUAGCUAAGAAUAUUAAUUAUUAUAGAAGAAUGUAUCUAGCAAUACGCAAUACACACUAAUGUAACUCAUGAUUCUUAUAAAUUCAAUUGAAAAUUAUGAUGUUAAA